AUGGCUGAUAUCGAACGGGGCAUCAAGGGGCCUGCGAGAGUCGACGAAGAAGACAUCCAGUCUUCGAAAUCACCAAAUAUCGGACAGGAGAACCUCGCUGGCGUCACUACUCCCCAUGAGACCUACGAAGGGUACCAUCGGUUUGACCCGACCGCCUCAUGGACGCCAAAGGAGGAGCGCGCGGUGGUUAGGAAGACGGAUAUGCUGCUGUUGACCUGUAUCUGUCUGAUGUUUUUUGGGCUUCAACUCGACCGGGGGAACUUAUCAAAUGCAUUGACCGACAAUUUCCUCGACGAUCUAGGCCUGACGACAAACGACUACAACAAUGGCACCACCAUCCAACUAGUCUGCUUCCUCGCAACCGAAUUCCCAGUGCAGCUCCUCAUCAAGCGCUUCGGCUUCAGACGCGUCCUGCCGCUGAUGAUGCUGGCCUGGAGCUUGGUCUCUUGGACGCAGGCAUGGAUGACCACCCGGGCAGCAUUCUACAUUACGCGCGCGCUCAUCGGCGCCUUCGAGGGCGGCUUCAUCCCCGGAGCUAUCUUGUUCGCAACAUACUUCUACAAGACCAACGAGCUGUCCGUCCGACUGGCGUUCUUCUGGUCCACCCUGAACGUGCCGUCCCCUCUGCAGAGGGCCGUUUCUAACCUAUCCACAGAGCUUCUUCUACCUGCCCAGCUCGCCCACGCAAACAAAAAGCGUGCUCUGCCCCAGGCCCUGGUACACCGAACGCCAGGAAGUCAUCAUGAUCAACGCAAGCACCCCCAUCCCAAGCCCACUCCACCCACUAACCAUCCACCCCAGCGCCUGCUCCGCGACGACCCCUCCAAAGGCCUGACACACAUCAAAGAAAGCGCCACCCUGCAGGACGUCCUAGACGCCUGGAGCGACAAGUCCAUGUGGGGCUUGUACUUCAUCGGCCUGGUGGCCUACAUCCCGCAGAACCCCGUGCAGGCCUACCUCUCGCUGACCCUCAAACGGCUGGGCUUCUCGACCUUCGACGCCAACAUGCUCUCCAUCCCGUCCGCGGUGCUGCAGAUCGUCCUCAUGCUGGCCCUCACCAAGAGCAGCGAGGUCUUCGGCGAGCGCACCUUCCACUGCGUCUUCGGCGAGUUCUGGACCCUCCCGCUGCUGGCCGCGCUGCUCGGCCUGCCCGACUACGGGUACAACUGGCCGCGGUUUGCGAUCGGGACGCUCAUCUCUGGGUACCCGUAUUUCCAUCCGAUUGUGUCGGCGUGGAUCUCAGAGAAUACGUUCGAUGUGAAGAAGCGGGCCAUUACCGCCGCGACGUAUAAUGUUGUUGUGCAGAUUGGGGCUGUGAUUGCGUCGCAGAUCUACAGGAAGUACGAUGCGCCGUACUAUUACACAGGGAAUAAGGUGCUCAUAUCGAUCUGUGCGCUUGCGCUGGUGACCUUCCUCGUGCAGCGCGAGGCGCUGCGGUAUAUGAAUCGGCAGAAGGAGAAAAAAUGGGGGGCUAUGUCGCCCGAGGAGCGACUGGUGUACCAGGCGGAUCAGACCGCGCGAGAAAAGGAGGGAAACAAGCGGCUGGAUUUCCGCUUCAAGUACUAG